UUCUUUAGUUAUAGCCGUCCAUCUGUGCAGUGUAACAGCAGAAUGCGGAUGCGGAGGACUAAUGGAUGGAUCUGCAGGUAGCCAUACUCAGGAGACCCAGCUGCUGCUGCAGGUCACUGACUCAUGCUCAGUGCCGGCAGCCCUGAUGUGCACCAGGAUGGCACAGUGGACAACAUUGCUGCUGUUGAUGCGCACCAAUGCCGUGAUGAUGGGGCCAGCAUGCAGGCGGCAUGGUCAAGCAGCUCUACCACAGCUCUCUGAGGAGGGAGAUGUCAUCAUUGGAGGGGUAUUCUCCAUCCACAGAACCACAAGGGAGACGAUACAUUCAUUCACCUCCAAACCUCACUCUCCGUCGUGCAUCAGUUUGAACUACAGAGAAUUUCAGUUUGCUCAGACCAUGAUCUUCGCCAUUAAGGAAAUAAACAACCGGACAGACCUGCUCCCUGGUUUAUCUCUAGGCUAUAAGAUAUAUGAUGCCUGUGGUUCUAUACCUUUGGCUAUACGGUCAGCCAUGGCUCUGAUGAACGGUUAUGAGGAAACACUGACCGACACAUCAUGUUCUACACCAGCAGCAGUGCAGGCCAUCAUUGGAGAGUCUGGAUCCUCUCCCACAAUUGCUCUAUCAUCUGCAGUUGGACUUUUUCACAUUCCUUUGAUCAGUCAUUUUGCAACAUGUGCAUGUCUGAGCAAUAGGAAUAGAUUCCCCACAUUUUUCAGAACCAUUCCCAGUGACUAUUACCAGAGCAGAGCACUGGCUCAGCUGGUGAAGUACUUUGGCUGGACCUGGGUAGGAGCAGUGAGAAGUGACAGUGACUAUGGCAAUAAUGGGAUGGCCACAUUUAUAGAAGCCGCUCAGCAGGAAGGGAUCUGCAUUGAGUAUUCCGAGGCUGUCUACAGAACAUACCCCAGAGAGAAAAUCCUCCAGUCUGUUGAAGUGAUAAAGAAGGGUACUGCAAGAGUCAUAGUAGCCUUUCUGGCUCUAGGGGACAUCAUCCCUUUGUUCCAGGAGAUGGCCCUGCAGAAUGUAACAGGGUUCCAGUGGGUGGGCAGUGAGUCAUGGAUCACGGCUAGCAGACUGGCAGACAAUCAGGACUACGGGUUUCUGACAGGAUCCAUUGGGUUUGCUAUUGGUAAAGCAAAACUGGAGGGCCUGAAAGAGUUUUUGAUCAGUGUUCACCCAUUUCAGGCUCCAGGCAAUGAUCUAUUGAAGGAGUUCUGGGAAACAGCCUUUACAUGUUCUUUUGAGAAAAGCAAUAAUUCAGCAGGCAAAACUCUUUGCAUAGGAUCUGAGAGCUUAAAUGGAGUGAAAAAUGAAUACACUGAUAUAACAGAGCUAAGAAUCACCAACAAAGUAUAUACAGCAGUUUAUGCUGUUGCCCAUUCUUUACACCUCCUAUUCAAUGGCCAUUCAAGCAUUUAUUCCUCUACGAACAGCAGCUAUGGACAACACUUUGCACCAGAGCAGGUGCUAAAAUAUCUGAGAAACAUAAACUUCACAGCAAAAACUGGUGAGCAGGUCUCCUUUGAUGCAAAUGGAGACCCGGUUGCAAGAUAUGAGUUAGUGAACUGGCAGCUUGCUGAAAAAGGGACUUUGCAGUUUAAGACAGUGGGCCUCUAUGAUGCUUCCUUACCACCUGAUAGGAGAUUUAUCAUGAACCAGGGCAACAUGGUUUGGGCUGAGGGACAACUCCAGAAACCCAGGUCAGUGUGCAGUGAGAGCUGUCCCCUAGGCACCCGGAAGGCCAUGCAGAGAGGAAGGCCUGUCUGCUGCUAUGACUGUGUGCCCUGUGCUGAGGGAGAAAUCAGCAAUGUUACAGAUUCUAAUGACUGCAUUCCUUGUGAUUUGGAAUAUUGGUCAAAUGAAAAAAGAGACAGAUGUAUAUUUAAAAUAGUUGAAUUCCUUUCUUUUGAAGAAAUUAUGGGAAUAAUGCUUGUAAUUUUUUCAUUAUUUGGAACAUGUGUAACUAUACUUGUGGCUGUGCUGUUCUUUAUGUACAGACAGACCCCCAUUGUGAAAGCCAACAACUCAGAGCUGAGUUUUCUGCUGCUCUUUUCAUUGAAACUGUGUUUCCUUUGCUCUCUUACCUUCAUCGGCCGGCCCUCUGAGUGGUCCUGUAUGCUGCGCCACACUGCGUUUGGGAUCACUUUUGUACUCUGCAUCUCAUGCGUUCUGGGGAAAACAAUAGUGGUGUUAAUGGCCUUCAGGGCUACACUUCCAGGCAGUAAUGUCAUGAAGUGGUUUGGGCCUCUGCAGCAGAGACUGAGUGUUCUUGCUUUCACUCUCAUACAGGUCCUUAUUUGUGUGCUUUGGUUGACAAUAUCCCCCCCAUUCCCCAACAAGAACAUGAAGCACUACAAAGAAAAGAUCAUUCUAGAAUGUGAUGUAGGAUCAGCACUGGGGUUCUGGGCUGUGUUGGGUUAUAUUGGGCUCCUCUCUGUAUUAUGCUUUAUUUUAGCUUUUCUGGCUCGUAAGCUGCCUGACAACUUCAAUGAAGCCAAAUUCAUCACAUUCAGCAUGCUCAUAUUCUGUGCAGUCUGGAUCACCUUUAUACCAGCGUAUGUCAGCUCACCUGGAAAGUUCACUGUAGCUGUGGAAAUAUUUGCCAUUUUAGCUUCUAGUUUUGGGCUACUAUUUUGUAUUUUUGCCCCUAAAUGCUAUGUUAUUUUAUUUAGGCCAGAGCAGAACACAAAGAAAAACAUGAUGGGGAAGCCACCAUCAAAGGCUCUCUAAACAUUCUCUGUGCGAUAAAGUAAUUAAUUUUUCUUAAAUUAAUGGAGCACCUACAUGCUUUUUAUUCUACGAGCAGUACUGAAAGCAAGAAAUUUACUUAACGUUUUCAGAUGCAUUUACUGUAAUGCAGGGUGAUAUUUAAAACAGUGUAGGAAAGCUUUGGUGAUUACACCACCGGUGGAACAUGUGUCAUCGGUGAUGUAAAGUUAUUAUGUCUAUAAUUUGAUUGUACUACUCUCUUCACAAUACAAUAUUCUGAAAAUAAUAUGACCAGCAUAAAAUGUUUUGAAAUAAAAAUAAUUUUGUUAUACAAGAUGAAGUACUUGUGAUGUUACACUUCGUAUUAAACAUGAACAAGAAUGUCUUUAAGUUGAUGGAAGCCUACACUUCAAUAAUGACCAUGUCUGUAAAUAAAUCCAUGACUCAUUAACACAGUUUGAAUGCAUUUUAUGUUGUCCCACAGCACAGCACAGUGAAACAUUCACUGUUUGUUUUCCUACAGGCCCUACUGAGGGCUUCCACUUCUGCAAGCUCAGGACCACAUACGCUGGCCCACACCUGCCCCUGGCCUGCAUAUUG